ACCCCAUUAUCUUCCUCUGUUUCAACCCUCUCCAAAACCAUGUCGGAACAAGCCAAAGCCAAACACGCCGCCCCCGCUGCCACCGCCACCAAAGCCGCCACGCCUGCUAUUCCUUUCGAGUACUCGAACCGGGUGAUCUUGAAAGCGGUCCUCGAAUCCGGCGAUGGAGGCCUGGGAUUGGUCGGCCGGAGAUUUGUGAUCGGCGGGUGGGUGAAGUCUUCUAAAGAGGUCAGGAAAGAGUCUGUUGCGCCAUCAAAAGUUGAUGUUGUGGCUAGAGAAACGGAUCAGAGCCUGGACGUUUCUUGCUCAGAGAUUCUUCAAUCUCGAAUACCAUUUAUUCGAUCAAUCAUCAAAAUCCUGGGAGGGAGCAAUUACUCUGUUCGUGAAAAGCUGGAGCCGGUCAUAGCUCCUCCUAGGCCACCACCUCCUUCUGUUGCUUUUCUGCAAGUUAGUGAUGGUUCUUGUGCUUCAAGUCUUCAGGUUGUUGUGGACUCCUCUAUAGCAAUCCCAGGCCACAUUCUACCAACCGGAACUUGUAUAGUAGCAGAAGGUGAACUAAAGCAACCGUCAGUCGAAGGAAAACAUGUCAUUGAACUUAAAGUGGAGAAAGUUCUUCACAUUGGAAGAGUGGAACCUGAUAAGUAUCCCUUAUCAAAGAAGCGUCUACCAUUGAACUUGUUAAGGGAUUGUCCCCACUUUCGACCUCGGACAACCACAGUGGCUUCUGUUAUGCGAAUAAGAAGCGCGCUUACUUUCGCAGCUCACACUUUCUCUCAAAACCGUGGCUUUCUCUGUGUGCAAGUACCUGUUAUAACAACCACAGACUCCGAAGGAUUCAGCAAAACGUUUAAGGUCACGACUGUUUUGGAAGAUGAAGAGGUUGUUAGUCUUGAAGUUGUUAAGGCUGCUAUGAGGGAGAAGAAAAAGAUAGUUGAGGAUCUCAAAAGGACAGACAGCAAUCAAGAAGCACUCGAUGUUGCAAUACAGGAUCUAGAGAAAACGACCGAUCUAGCUUCGCAGUUGGAAGCGAGAGAGAAGCAUUCUAAGUCAAAGAGUUCUUCUAUAAAAGCUGAUAAAAAACCUCAAGAGUUCUUCUCUCGCCAAGCUCAUUUAACUGUUUCUGGUCGCUUACAUUUGGAGAGCUAUGCAUGUUCUCUAGGAAAUGUGUAUGCUUUUGGACCCAGAUUCAGUGCAAGUAAAGUAGAGUCUCCGAAGCACAUCGCAGAAAUGUGGACGGUUGAGAUUGAAAUGGCGUUUUCACAGUUAGAGGAUGCCAUGAAAUGUGCAGAAGACUUUUUCAAGUUCCUCUGCAAAUGGGUCUUGGAAAAAUGCUCUUCAGACAUGCAAUUUGUCCUAAAGCGAAUUGACCGAACUAUUAUUGAUCGUCUUCAGUCAGUGAUAUCAAUUUCAUUUGAAAGAAUCUCCUAUACCGAAGCACUAGAUGCUCUUAAGAAGGUUACAGAUAAGAAAGUGGAAACAACACUUGAGUGGGGAACUGCAUUAACAGCAGAACAUCUAAGUUUUUUAGCUGAAGAGAUAUACAAGAAGGCUGUAGUUGUAUACAAUUAUCCAAAACAAGUUAAGCCAUUUUAUGUACGCCUGAAUGACGAUGGACAAACAGUCGCUGCAUUUGAUUUGGUUGUACCAAAGGUUGGGACUUUGAUUUCAGGUAGCCAAAAUGAGGAGCGCUUCGAUAUGCUAAGUGCAAGGAUUAAGGAACUGGGAUUGGUAGGAGAAGAGUAUGAAUGGUACUUGGAUCUUCGACGCCACGGAACAGUCAAGCACGCUGGCUUCAGCUUUGGUUUUGAUCUUAUGGUUCUGUUUGCUACUGGCCUGGCUGAUGUGAGAGAUGUUAUUCCCUUUCCAAGAACUCAUGGAAAAAUCAGUAACUAAUCAAGUUUCUGGAACAAAAAUUGAAGAUUGUCAUAUCCUAAACCAGAUUUCCUAGUCCAUGAGUUGAGGACAAAAAUGGGAAAUAUGUGAACAUGUACAGCACCCAAAAAGAGAGAGGGAAAAAAAAAUAUAUCCCACUU